ACUGUGUCCAGCCUGCACGCGCUCAUUCAACACCACAUCUCCCCCCAGAGCAGGAAACGAAACCGAGAUCCAGUCGUGCACCGGUGUGUGUGUGGGUGGGUGUGUGUGUGUGUGUGUUGCAGCCGGCCUGGUGGAGCAGCCGUGGACUCAUGGCAGGUUUGAGGAGCGGAUCCGGAGCGACUAGAGCCCCGCAGAGAGGACACCGUGCAGCCCUGACGCUGCCCACGCUGCUGCUGCUGCUGCUGCUCACCUGCUGCGUCAGGUGUUCCUCCGCCGCCAACCCGAGCAACAUCAUCCUCAUCCUCGCGGACGACCAGGACGUUCUCCUGGGGGGGCUGACCCCCAUGAAGAAGACUAGAACCUUAAUAGGAGAAGCGGGGGUAACGUUCCUCAACGCUUUCACCGUCACGCCGCUGUGCUGCCCCAGCAGGAGCAGCAUCUUGACGGGUCGGUACCCCCACAACCACGAGGUGAGGAACAACUCGCUGUCGGGGAACUGCUCCAGCCCCCAGUGGCAAAAAGGCCCCGAGACCACCGCCUUCCCCGUCUACCUCGGCAAGCAGAAGUACCAGACCUUCUUCGCCGGGAAGUAUCUCAACCAGUACGGGAAGAAAGACGGAGAUCUCAGCCAUGUUCCCCCUGGCUGGGACCAGUGGCAUGCACUGGUGGGGAACUCUCAGUACUACAACUACACGCUCUCCGUCAACGGCAAAGAGGAAAAGCACGGAGACAGCUAUGAGGAGGACUACUUCACAGACCUCAUCACGAACCGGUCCCUCCACUUCCUGGACGACAGGAGCCCCCAGCACCCGUUCUUCCUGAUGCUGUCUCCUCCGGCUCCUCACUCGCCCUGGACGGCCGCCCCGCAGUACCAGAAGGAGUUCGGCGACGUCAAAGCCCCUCGAGACGGGAGCUUCGACAAACCAGGGAAGGACAAACACUGGCUGCUGCGUCAGCCGGUCAACCCGAUGCCCGACAGCUCCCUCGCCUUCCUGGAUAGUGCGUACAGGAAAAGGUACGACCUCUUCCAGGCUCCGGUGCUGAAUAUCGACCUGGCUCCGACCAUACUGGACAUAUCUGGUGUCAACCUGUCCUCUGUGAAUGUGGACGGGCAGUCGUUCCUCUCUCAGAUGGCUCCGUCGCUGCGUAACGGCACCGUACGUCCGGUUUUCCUUGUUGAAUACACCGGAGAGGGACAUCCGACGACAGACCCUGCGUGUCCCAAACUGGGUCCUGGACUGUCUCAAUGUUUUCCAGACUGCGUGUGUGAAGACGCCUUCAACAACACGUACGCCUGCGUCAGGACCCUCAACAAAGACCACGACCUACAAUACUGCGAGUUUGCAGACAGCGAGUCGUUUGUAGAGGUGUACAACCUGGUGUCGGACCCCCACCAGCUGGAGAACGUCUGGAAGAAGAUGGACCCGACGUUCCUGCAGGCGAUGAACCAGCAGCUCAUAAAGCUGCAGUCCUGCCAGGGCGACAGCUGCCGCGACAUCCAGUGAAGAAGAAGAGGCCGAACGCCGACUCUGUGGAAGACGGGGUCGGUUCAUCUGACCGAUCACCACGAGUGUGACCGCUGCGUCGGCCAUUUUCAUAACCAUGUUUCUACAUUUUGACUCAUCUCGGGAAGAAAAGCACAGGUGUACACAAUCAUAUGAGUGAUGGCUGGAUUCCAUUCAGCUGCUUCAGCUUCAGGGUCCUGGUGUUGUGCAUGCUGGCUCACUGCAUGCAUGGUUCCUACUGGGACUCUUCAAUAGAACAGAGCCAUUG